UCAACACCAGCAUACCCAUACUCAUACCAAACAAAACAAAAAAAAGACAUCCAAUAAAAAUAAUUUACAACUCACGUGCUACACCCAAACAUAUUGCCUUGAUAAGCUGAAGAAGUUUCAUACACGCAACGCAUUAUAACAUUCCGGCGAAGUAAAAAACAAAAACCCAACAAAAGACUUGAAAACCACAUAAAAAACUUGUUGCUCUAGUUCCCAGGCACAACAGGCUCCUCCCUCUUGAUCAUACCCUACAACAGAAUCAACCAAACAGCUGUUUUGGGAUACCCUAAGCAACAUGUUGCCUCUCAACAAGACAUUACUCAUAUUUUUUCUAGCCACAUGUUGUCUGCUGGCUUUGUUGCCAGCUACAUCAACAUCGGCAACAUCUGUUGGCAUAUCCAAUAAGAACGAGGUCUUAACAAGAUUCGCCCCACCUCCUUAUGAGUGCAGCAGCAUGGAUAUACGCAAUCAUUGUUCGAAUUUUGAACAUUUAAAUAAUUGUACCGUUAUAACGGGCUAUCUUAUAAUAGUCCUCUUGCCAUCGAAUGAGACAUGUGAUUAUUCGAAAUACCGUUUCCCAAAAUUAAGGGAAAUCACUGAUUUUCUACUAAUCUAUGAUGUGAAGAAUUUAACAACGCUGGAAUAUAUGUUUCCUAAUUUAACUGUGAUACGUGGAUCCCAAUUGUUCCUUAAUUAUGCCUUGGGUGUAACUCAGAUGAAUGAAUUGGCAACGCUCGAGUUUCCGUCUUUGGUAGCCAUUCAAAGGGGUAAAGUUUUAAUUGGAUCAAAUCCCAAACUCUGCUACUUGGAACAGAUAAAUUUUGAUCGUUUAACUGUGAUGCCUGGCGAAAAUCAUAUAUAUCCAGCCAAAAAUGUUGACUGUUCCCGUGUUCCCCAGCCUGUGGGUUGUGCCUCGGAGAGUUAUUGGUCCAAUAUGGUAUGCCAGAAAUUUGAAAAUGACAAUAUCAUACAUUACAAAAAGGGUAUAGCACACUGUCAUGACCAAUGUCUAGGUGGUUGUUAUAAUACCACAGCCCAAGGAUGUGCUGUCUGCCGUUCAUGGACCGAUCAUGGUCAAUGUGUGAGUAAAUGUCCUAAGGAUAAAUAUCCAUCGCAGCAUUAUUUACGUUGCUAUACCAGAGAGGAGUGUAUAGCCAAGAAAUUGGUAAUCUACAAGCAGACCUGUGUUGCCAAAUGUCCAUCGGGUUAUAGAUUGAAUAAUAUAACUCAAGAAUGUGAUUCCUGUGGUGGUGUGAAUUCCUGCAUUACAGUUUGCAAUUCCACUUCAGCGCUGGAACCCAUCUACAUCAAUACCUUGGCGGAUAUGGAGAGAAUUAAGGGUUGCCAUAUUUGUAAUGGCAGCGUUUUCAUUAACUUGCGAAAUCCCAUUAAAGAACAAGAACUUGAGGACAGUCUUAGUGAGAUCAGAGAAAUAGUAGGUCAUUUAAAGGUUUACAAAAAUUCCUAUUUGACCUCUUUGAGCUUUUUUCGAAAUUUACAAAAAAUCCAUGGAACACCUUUGGAAAAUCAACAUUAUUCCUUGGUUUUGUAUAACAAUCAAAAUUUAACGGAACUUUGGCCUUUGAAAGAUGGAGCCUUGGAACUUGUACAUGGUGGCAUCUAUAUUCAUGCCAAUGAUCGUCUCUGCAAUAGUGUCAUACAAAAGUUUCGAAAUGCCAUUCGUCAUGAUAAUAGUUUGGACUCCCUACAGACCAGUGAUCAAGAGGUUUUGUGUUCUCCAGCCAAAUUGAAUUUGGACAUAGAGGUACUCUCUCACCGGUCAAUCCGCUUCGCCUGGGCUAAAUAUCAAACAUCCGAAGAAGUGGAAAUCAUCUAUAGACCUGUGGAACCAGGCAAGACCUUUUCCAUACAUAGCGAGUUGGAGACCAGCGUCUGUGAACGUGGCCAUUGGCAAAGGCAACUUACCUUCCCAAAUGAAUUGCAGCGAAACGAUACCCAUUACUUUUACACGGUGGAUAAGUUGGAACCUCAUACCAGAUAUGCAUGCUUGGUCAAAACAUUCGGUGAUAAUGUGGAGCAUCAAGCUCGAAGUGAACUAAAGUACGCCACCACCAACAGCGAUGUGCCACAGGCACCAUUGCUUGAAAUCUCUAACAAGACAAAUGCCAGCAUUUCAGUGCGUUUGUAUUACAAAAAUCGGGAAGAUGAAUUGGUCGAUUAUUAUGUGUUGGAUGUUUUUGAGAUUUAUGAAAAUGAAACCAUAACAGAUCAAAGGGAUUAUUGUGAGGAUCCCAUGAAACCCUAUCCCGACUAUCAUAAUGAAGACUUUGAUGAUUGUUGUAAUAGGCGCUUGGAAGAGGCAGAAGAUGAUGUGUUUAGGCAACAAUUACAAAAAGAGUUUGGAUGCUCUUUGGACCACAAGGAGAACUGCGUGGAGGAGAAUCCCAAGGCUAGAUGUUCUUCGAACAACACCAAGUCUUGGCAUACGAAAUGUUUGGAACACUAUGAGUCCAACUAUACCAUAACAGGAAUGAAGCAGUUUCACCUAUACACUGUACAUGUAAAGGCCUGCAAUAGGGCCGGAUGUGGCCCCAUCAACAUUAUAACGGGAAGGACCAAUUAUUCAACAAAAUCUGAUAAUGUCAACGAUUUGAUGGCCUGCAAAAUGUCUCAUAACAAUGAGUAUCGAGUGCAUUUCUCUCAGCCCCAGAAUUCCAAUGGUCACAUUAUCUCCUAUGCCUUACAUUUUCGUUAUUUGGAUGUCUCCACAGCAGGACCUUUUCUCAGCCAUAUGCACUGUCUGACACGCUUGGAACAUGCCCGCAAUAAUUUCCUUUAUGUUGGCUAUUUAAAUUCCACCUACAAUCAAGUCAAAGUCAGAGUGGAAUCCUUUGGCCAUCGGAAUUAUACAGCAUGGGUCAAUAUAACAACUUGUAGCCACAGUCCUCCACUAACCAAGUUAGCUGGCCGCGGCAGUUCUGGAGGUUGGAAUAUCUUUUUUAUUUUCUUCACCCUAGGUGCUGGAGGCACUGCCCUAUGGGUGUGUUAUAAACGUCGUUAUUGGCGUAAAUUACCAAAAUUCCGCACAUGCCUGCCUUUGUAUACCAGCUGGCGCGCUUUACGCCCCGAUGCGGAUAACGAAGAAGAUCGUCAAAUAUUGGUGGAUGGUUUCGAAACAGUGCGUUUUCAUAAUAGUCCAGAGGAUGAUAAAAAAUAUUUGGUACAUUGAUAAAGAGGGUGAUAGAGAGAGAAAAGGAGCAAUAAAUAGUAACUGUUCAGUAUUAAA